GUGCAGGUGAAGCGAACAAAACCCCAAAUUCUCCGCCUCAAAGCGGCCCCAUCAGUCAUCACAAGCCGCUGUAAAACGUUCAAGCUUUCUGCUACCUACCUAUUUCUUGCCACAGCGAUUACAACUACCUCCUCCCCUGUAUGCCACCUCGCCAUCUCAACCUUACCACAGCAACCACCAACCACUUCCACUUUUUCUUCGUCCUCGCCCAACUCCGCCGACUGCAACAAAUCUUGCUGUCUCCCAUCGCGACUCGGAUCCCAACGAAGCUCGCCCGUCCGGACAGACUUUACUUACAUCAUCAGACUCUCAUUGUCAACGUAGCAGCCGUUUAGCUGCGUCACAGAUUGCCCGUCAUGAAGGUUACUUUCAAGGACCUCAAACAACAAAAGUUCACGCUCGAGAUCGAGCCCACCGAGACUAUUUCCAAGGUCAAGCAGAAGAUCUCCGAGGAGAGGGGCUGGGCUCCCGAGCUGCAGAAGCUUAUCUACUCCGGCAAGAUCUUGAAGGAUGAGGAGACCGUUGAGUCGUACAAGAUCGAGGAGAAGGGCUUCGUUGUCUGCGUCGUGAACAAGCCCAAGACCACUGCCCCCAAGCCAGCCGAGUCGUCGUCGUCUGCCGCCGCCCCCGCUACCCCCGCUGCCGCCGCCCCGGCCUCGACACCUGCUCCCCCCGCCGCUCCUGCGGCCUCCAGCGCUGCUGCCGCUGCUCCUUCGACGCCGACGCCCGCUAGAACCGCCGCGGCUCCUGAGGCGGCCCCAGCUGCCGGUACUCGCGAUGCCAACGCCCUUGCCAUGGGCGAGCAGCGCGCCGAGGCCAUUGCCAACAUGGAGGCUAUGGGUUUCGAGCGUUCGCAGAUUGACGCUGCUAUGCGUGCCGCCUUUUUCAACCCCGAGCGCGCUGUGGAGUAUCUCUUGAACGGUAUUCCCGCCAACCUCCAGCAACAAACUGCCUCUCGUCAGCCUUCUGCCGCUCCGGCUGCUGCCCCUGCUGCUGCCGCUCAGGCGGCUUCCCCCGCUGCUGCUGGCGGUGACGAUGACGAUCAAGUCAACCUUUUCGACCUUGCCGCUCAGCUCGGCAACAGCGCUGGCGGACGUGGUGCUCGUGGUGCGGAGGGUGCUGGUGCUGAGGCCGCUGGUUUAGGUAACCUCGACUUCCUCCGCAACAACGCACAAUUCCAGCAAAUGCGCCAGCUUGUACAGGAGCAGCCCCAGAUGCUGGAGCCUAUUUUGCAACAGCUCGGUGCCGGCAACCCUCAACUUGCCCAGAUGAUUGCCCAGAACUCGGAUCAGUUUUUGAACCUCCUUGGCGAGGGCGGUGAGGGUGGCUCUGUCGGUAUUGCUGUCACAGAGGAGGAACGCGAUGCCAUUGAGCGUCUCACCCGCCUGGGCUUUCCCCAGGACCAGGCCAUCCAGGCCUACUUCGCUUGCGACAAGGAUGAGGAGCUUGCCGCCAACUUCCUUUUCGAUCAAGGACCGGAGGAAGAUGACGACAUGCCCCAACAAUAGAUAGGGGGUGAGGCUGUAGGCUGGAAUGAGAUAUCUUGGGUUUUUCGUAACUGGGCGUUAAAAGUCGUUGGCAGGGUGGAUUUUCGUUAGCAGCUGCCUUUGCAUUUGAAACGUGGGCGACGGCUGGAUGGUUUGGGCUUGCUUAGGAUGCAUUGGAGACUUUAUGAUGACAUUAUACCUUAGGGAGCUCAAAAUGCUCAACACUGCUGAUCAACGUUCACAUGCAAUACACGGGUGGGCUUUGUGUGUCUGAUCUCUCCAAUGCGCGACAGGUUUCGACCAGUUUUAGUAAGAAAGCAUCAACAGUAAGUGGAGUGAUGAAAUGGAAAAACAUGCUUCGCGUAGACCUAGAUCAAUGGAUAGCCACAGAGGUGUGGUGUGUUCACAGCUUACGAAUCAC